UUUAUCCUGGAGAUGUUAAGAUUGGAAGGACGCGGAGACUUUAUAUCUCAAGCCACUUGCCAUGGAACUUAUGGCUGCUCUUUGCCAGCUGAAUUUCGUUGCGAGGAUUGUUUUGGCACCGAGCUAUACUGUCAGUCAUGCACCGUGGAAAGGCACCAUGAGCAUCCAUUGCACAGGAUUAAGGUAAGCCGCUUGAACGUUUUCAAAAAAAUUAUCAUUGAACAUCUCUUAGCAUUGGAAGGACACCGCUGCUACAACCCAGCUGCUUGCCAGGAUUUCGUCGUACUCCACGUGAAUGGCAUUCAUGAAACCGCUCAAAGUCCCACCACCCAGCUGCUUCGCAUUCGAUGGUUCCCUGCAACAGUCCUAGAGCUGAAAACCGCAGCAACAUUCAAGCUUCUUCGACAUUUUUACAUUCUUUCAUUCGAAUCUAAGGUCUCCACGUUUGAAUAUUGGCAGACCUUAACGCGUCUUACUCACAAUAGAGGGGUGGUCAUUGUGAAAGAUCGUUAUGACUCUCUACUUCGAAUGAUACGGGAAUGGCGAAACAUCACUUUGCUCAAACACUUUGGACGGGGACACGAUCCCGCAGGUACUGGAGCAACAGAGCAAGGCUCAUCUGCCGUCUUGUGUCCAGCUUGUCCUCAGCCUGGUAAGAAUCUUCCUGAGAACUGGGAGAGUGCCCCGUCAGAAACUCGCUGGUUAUAUGCCUUGUUUCUCGCGAUUGACGCCAACUUCCAUCUGGCACGCAAGAAUGUUUCUUCGGAUCAAAUGGACCCUGGGCUCAACCGUGGCUGGGCGUACUUCGUGGAGGAACGACAAUACAAG